GGCAGUAGCCAAUCAGGGCGUCGCUCAUCAUUAGCCGAUGUUGCAAUGUUCGGAGGCGGGGCGUUUGGGUUCAAUGGCGGCGGGAAGUGCCGGGAUGAUGCUGGGGAGGCCACAGGCGCCCUGGGAUUUUGGUAGCACCGCGGAUAUCAUUAAAACAAUCCCCCAAGAUUUGUUUGCAGAGCUGUGUGAGCAAAUUAUCCAGUAUCUUCGGUGUCAGAUCGCAGGCGUAAAUACGGUGGAACUGAGUCAGAGAUUUCAAACAGCGGGGAUUGACAUUAGUGCUAGUGACCUGGCAAAGGUAGUUAAUGUUGUUUCCUCUGUAUUCAGUACAGCAGCCAAACAUAAGCUCUCAUCAGAAGACCUUCAUACAAGACUAGGAAGCGCUGUGGGUACUUUGCCAAAAGAGGCUGUACAGGUCAUGCGGCACGUGUGGAAUGAACAGGGGAACUCCGUCGCUGGGUCUGAAGAUGCGAAUAACAUAGGAAUGGUUGGCCAGCUUAUUGAUUUCCAGUGGAAGCUGGGGAUGGCAGUCGGCUCCGACAGCUGCCGGUCGUUGAAAUGCCCUUAUGUCACGAUGACGGUAAAAGUGGCCGAUGCCUCAGGGCGCAUCAUGAGCAAAUCUUUUGAAAUGACGGUCCCACAAUUUCAGAAUUUUUACACUCAGUUCAAGGAAAUGGCAUCUGUUCUCGAGACUGUUUGAACACCGUUUUAGCAGUUUGUUGGAACCAAGUGAGCCUUUCUGUCUUGCCUAUGAAAUGUAACAGUUUCAUUAAGCAAAACACUGGGUUUGUCAUUCUCCUGUAUUAAAUAACUGGAGCAAAGCAGAGAGGCUGCCCAAGAAAAUCCGAGAGGAUGUUGAGAUUGUGACCGAUUUCCCACUCGCCUUAUGCCGCUCUCACUCUCCUCUUCUCCGCGGGGCUUCCGUCGGAUUUCACUCUGUCUGCCCCGGAGCUGCAACUCACUCUGCCUCUUCUGCGCAUUAAACAAGAUCCUCUAAAAACCAGUUUCUGUUUGCUGCGUGAAAAAAGGCGGAGCGAGUUGCAGCGUCGGGGCAGAUAGUGUGAAAUCCAACGGAAGCCCCGCGGAGAAGAGGAAAGUGAGAGCGGCAUAAGGCUAGUGGGAAAGCGGUCUGUGUCUCCUCUCUUCCUGUAGCAAGUUAAUUCACUAUUUCAAGGUUUGAGGCUUACCAUAGUUUGUCAUUACUUCCCAGCUGGCGAACUAUAGUUUGUCCUGCAUGCCAGGAUUCCAAAGAGUGCUGAUGGGCCCCAGUUUGUGGUUAUAUUUUUGUAGGGCAACCACAAGCCAUGGCUUGCUGAUGGGAUUAUAAUGGUAAACCGUGGCUUGCUGCAAAUGGGGAAUCACCCAUUUCACUUUGGAGUGAGGAGGUAAUACAUGAUCCUGAAAGUUUUUCAGGGGUGGAAUUCUUGCAGCUUAUAGGGCUCUUUUUUGUAAACUCAUGGAGGAUUGGCUACAUCAGGGGUUUGUGGCCUAAUAUGCAAAGGAGCUCCUGCUAGAAUUCCACCCCUGAAGUUUUCUAAGACUUGUUCAUCCAGCAGUGAAUCAUGGCUUGUUAUGUCCAUCCAUUAGAACCAAUUCCUGUUUGAAGGCACUUCUGGAGACCUUUGACCUCUGAUGACUGACUUUCUUCUUAUGAACUGCAAAAUGUGUUGGUGAAAUGCCAAACUCCCUUUCCACAAAAGCAUUCAAAGAGGUGGACCACACACAAGAGAAACUGAGAAAACUAAGACAUGGCAUAAAUCUCAAGUCUUCUGUCAAAAGUUUCCACAUACAGGGAACUAAUUAAGCCAGCAGUGCAUGACUGGUGCAUAAUGGCCAAAUGGCAGGCCACGAAAUAUUCUGGAAGCCCGAAUUCCAUUGUUUCCUUCUAAGAACAUUGAAUCUACUUUAAUAAAAGCGUUGCUAUGCGUUGACCCUCAUAAA